UCCUCACUGGCUGCUUGAAGCUUGGCCGCCAUCAUGAACGACACAGUAACUCCCAGGACCAGGAAGUUCAUGAUCGACCUACUACAUCAGCAGAAACAAAUGGUCAUUGAUGUUCUUCACCCCAGAAAGGCAACAGUAGCUAAGACAGAAAUUCGGCAAACACUAGCCAAAAUGUACACAACCACACCAGAUGUCAACUUUCUAUUUGAAUUUAGAACCCAUUUUGGUGGUGGCAAGACAACUAGCUUUGGUAUAAUUUAUGAUUCCUUGGAUUAUGCAAAGACAAAUGAACCCAAACAGACUUGCAAGACAUGGCCUAUAGGAGAAGAAAAAACCUCAAGGAAACAGCAAAAGAAACACAAGAACAAAAUGAAAAAAGUCGGGGGGACAGCAAAAGCAAAUGUUGGUGCUGGCAAAAAGGAGUAGAUUCUGCAGUGACUCUGUCUGUGGUGACUGCAGAUUUUUCAUAGAGGAUUAAUAAAGAACUUAAAAACAAAACAAAAAACCCCCACAAAAGGUAAUAUGAAAAACAAAACCUGAGGUGUUAUUUCAGAAGUUAAAUUGCUCAUGUUAAA